ACAGGUCUUGAAGUCACCCCGCAGUGCUCUGGGGGCCAUCAGAUGCCUGGUUACCUCUUUGCCGGGAUCUGGAGGCCGGGGAACGAAGCAGAAGUUGAAGAUUUCUGCUGGUCUUUAUACUGAGGAAUGGUUCUUUUAGUUGGCUUUUGAAAAGAUCUGGUAGAAGAGAGGGAAGACAGCUUUAAUAGUGGAGCUGUGUUCUCUGCUCUGAAGUUACAGCCGCUGGGAGUCUAUCUCCCUCGGACAUGGCCACAAGCGGCUUUCACUUUGUACCAUGUGACACCAAACGAGCAUCCAGACAUCUUGGAGCAUCUGCUGUGGGCAGUUCAUCAACCAAGGUGGAUCUCAAGAGUGGGCUGGAAGAGUGUGCAGAGGCAUUGAACUUAUUUCUAAGUAACAAGUUUAAAGAUGCCUUGGAGCUGCUUCGUCCAUGGGCCAAGGAGAGCAUGUACCACGCCUUGGGAUACAGCACCAUUGUGGUCUUGCAGGCCAUCAUGACCUUUGAGCAGCAGGACAUCCAGAACGGCAUUUCCGCCAUGAAGGACGCUUUGCAAACCUGCCAAAAAUACAGGAAGAAAUGCACAGUUGUGGAGUCUUUCUCAAGUCUGCUUUCUCGUGGGUCGCUGGAGCAGCUGAGUGAAGAGGAAAUGCAUGCCGAAAUCUGCUACGCCGAGUGUCUCCUACAGAAAGCCGCGCUCACAUUUGUGCAGGAUGAAAAUAUGAUCAACUUCAUCAAAGGUGGACUCAAAAUUAGAACAAGUUACCAAAUAUAUAAAGAGUGCCUUUCCAUCCUGCACGUAAUUCAGAAGAACAAACAGGAGCAGCACUUCUUCUAUGAGUUUGAAGGCGGUGUCAAGCUUGGCACGGGGGCCUUUAAUUUGAUGCUGUCUCUUCUACCAGCAAGAAUUAUCAGACUGCUAGAAUUUAUUGGAUUUUCUGGAAACAGGGACCUGGGCCUUCUGCAGCUGCGGGAAGGUGCGUUGGGAAGCAGCAUGCGGUCCCCGCUCUGCUGCCUUACCAUCCUGGCUUUCCAUACCUACAUCUCCCUUAUUCUUGGUACAGGAGAAGUGAACGUGGUGGAAGCAGAGAGUCUCCUGGCGCCCUUCCUUCAGCAGUUCCCCAAUGGCUCGCUCAUACUGUUCUACCACGCCCGGAUCGAGCUGCUGAAAGGCAAUGCUGAGAAGGCUCAAGAAACGUUUCGAAAAUGCAUUUCAGUUCAAGAAGAGUGGAGACAGUUUCACCAUCUCUGUUACUGGGAAUUAAUGUGGAUUUACAUAUACCAGCAGAAUUGGAUGCAGGCGUAUCAUUAUUCAGACCUACUCUGCAAAGAGAGUAAAUGGUCCAAGGCAACAUAUGUGUUCUUGAAAGCUGCCAUUCUGAGCAUGCUCCCGGAGGAGGAGGUGGCAGUGACCAGUGAGAACGUGGUGGCUCUGUUCAGACAGGUAGACGGCUUGAAGCAGAGGAUCGCGGGGAAAUCUCUCCCAACCGAGAAGUUCGCUGUGAGGAAGGCUCGCCGGUACUCACCCUCCUCAGGAGCCCCGGGGAAGCUCGUCUUACCUGCCCUGGAAAUGAUGUACGUCUGGAAUGGCUUUUCAAUAGUAGCCAAAAGGAAGGACCUUUCUGAAAACCUCUUGGUGACUGUGGAGAAGGCUGAGGCGGCUCUGCAAACUCAGAACUCUGCUGACUCUGUGGAUGAUGAGUGCUUGGUGAAAUUACUGAAGGGAUGCUGCCUCAAGAACUUAGAGCGACCCUUGCAAGCUGAGUUGUGUUUCAACCACAUUGUGGAAAGCGAGAAACUCCUGAAGUACGACCACUAUCUGGUGCCGUUCACUCUGUUUGAGCUGGCGUGUUUGUAUAAAAGCCAAGGGGACAUUGACAAGGCCAUAAAGACCCUAGAAACUGCAAGAAACAACUACAAAGAUUACUCCUUGGAGUCCCGAUUACACUUCAGGAUUCAAGCAGCCCUUCAUCUCUGGAAAAAACCAUCCUCUUCCUCAGACUGAUCAGAAUGCACAGGAUGGAAUCCCCCCAGUUAACAUGGACUCUUGCUGUGGAGAUCAGUCCCAGUUAAGGUGGAAGCAAGAUCCUUCGAAUAAGAAAGGAAACUCUAUUGUCAGGCGCUUCCUGUCACCCGAGUGGCUUCCUGUUCCCCUAUGGAAUGGCAAUCAAUAUUGUAUAGAGAUUCUUAUACUCUGCCUUUAAAAAGAAUUUCACGUUAGAUUUCAAUUGAGGGGUGAAGUCUUUUAAAAGACUGACGGGUACAAUAAAGUCUAGUUAGAUUAUUUAUUUUUUUAAUGCAAAAAUUAAUAUUGUUCAAGUAGCAAAUGGCUUUAUAUGCUGAGCCAUUUUUAGAUUGGCUUGUCCUUUAAACUUCAGAGAUAUUUUAUUGCUUAAUAUUUAAAUCUCAGAGUGGGAAUAAAUAUCGCAUCUAAAAUAAUAUAACAAUGAGCUUCUGAAGGUUCUGAAAGAGAGAAGCAGAGGGCCCGAGGGGUGAAGUCUUCCUAGACUGAAGGACCUGCAUCUCUUUAGGAUGAUGCAACCGUGAAUUCUCGGGUUUCUGCUCUCAGUGAUUGAAAUGGUGGCAUUUUUCAGAAACCAUUCUGUCUUUGAAUGUACUCAUAUCUGAUCCAGCAAUAGCAUUCAAUCAUAUAGACACAUCUCCCAUGUAUCUACAGGAAGAAAACACGGUAUUUUAGACCUCCCUAACCUUAGUGCUAAAGCCUGAGAUAUAGACUCUGACUACUUUUCUUACAGGGAGGAAAAAAAUCCCUGUUGCUUUAAAUGAUAUGUAAAAUAUCAGUCAUUUUUACACUUAGGAUGUGGCUGGCCCAGCACUGACGGCUUUUUUCUUUCUUUCUUUCUUAAACAUCUGGGCUGGGUUUUGGUUCUCUGAGUAGACCCAGAGCAUGGGACUGGAAGAGCCAGGCUCUGCUACUGGUGAGCAGAGAGCAGUUGGCUUUUCUGGAGUCCCCACACCUGCCAAUUACUGUAUCUUCCUCUCUUGUGAAAUAGAAAAAGAACAGGUGACUUCAACGUUCUCUCUGAGUUUUAUAACCAUGAGUCUGUGUAUUAGGUACUUCCAGCACAGUUUAGCAUUCAAUUCACAUUCUCCCCAUUUAGAAUGUUUUAUAGUAUUUUUUUCAAUGCCACUCCCUUUCCUUCCAAUCCAAUGCCUAUAGUAGUUACAGCUAAGGGCCAGAUCCCAUCCAGUGAGGAAAAGCAGUUCACGAGUCCAUGAGUCAGGGUUUUGUUCCGUUUUCUUGUCUAUAUGGUAGUUGACUCCACAUUCCCCAGGUGACACCCCGAGUUUGUAGUUGGGAGUCUCUCCCUGUUGGUGAAUAGUUAGCAACGUAAAACAAAUAACUUGGCCUUUCUAGGACUUGGACUUCCCAGUGGGAAUGACAAGGUAGACGCAGUGCUCUGAGGCCUCAGUGAAGUGGUGUAUUUGGUAGCUUUCUGUACACUGGGGAAGCUAUAGACACAGGAGUGAGUCUGACCAUUAGGGCUUUGUGCAUGGAUUACAGUAUCUAUAUGAAAGUAUCCUCUGAGUCUGUGGUCUGUGCCGUAAGAUGAAGUGAAUGUGGGCAGCCAGAAGCCUCUCUGUUUAUGCAGUUACCACUGAGAGCAGCCCAGAUCAUGGAGUGGCUCCUGCUCCCCCCUCCUGCAGUUCCCAUGCUCAGCAUUGGUGCUGUGUUACAUAAGGUACCAUUUCUUGACCAACAUUGAGGAAGCAUUUCUUGAAGAAGGUGAUUAAUACACUUCUUCAACAUGGGGGCAGAUAACAUCAUGUCACAUUAAUAUGAAUUAUACAACCAGCUACAGAUAGAAGGGGAAAUAAAUUGUCAUGAUACUAUAGAAAUAUAUUCUAUAAUUAUAUAUAUAAGACUUUGAAGAAAAGUUUAUAAAUUCUUUAGGAGAACAUGGAUAACAUUAUUUUAAAAACAUAUAUUAUUAAAGAAUAUAUCUGGGAGUAGUGGCACAUUCCUUUAAUCCCAGCACCUGGGAAGCAGGGGCAGGUGGAUCUCUAAGUUUGAGGCCAGCCUGGUCUGCAUAGUGAGUUCCAGGCCAGCCAUAACUACAUAGUGAAACCAUGUCUCCAAAAAGAAACAAACAAAAAGAAUAUAUAUCCAUAUUUUGUGAGAAACUGUCAGAGCUCAUGGUCUGUAACAAUAAAUUCCCAUUCUGGUAUAAAAUGAAAAAAAAAAAUGAAGCUAAAAACAGCUAUUGUAGGCUGGUGAGAUGGGUCAGCAGUUAGAAUCCUUCCUGCUUCUCCAGGGACCAGAGCCUGUUUUUCACUACCAUGUCAGACAGUUCUCACCUGCUGGAACUCCAGAAGAGCUGACAGGCACCCAGACAAACAUGGCAUAUGCUCACACAGAAGAAGCACACAUGUGUACAUGAGUAGAUAAUCUUUUUUAAAAUGACUGCUUUUACAUUAUCAAACAAAUUUAUCUGUGCCAUUUUUUUUUGAUUUGUGGGGUUUUUAUUUGUAUUUUAUUUGUAACUUUGCCAGUUAGCCGUGUGGAUCAUCUAUCUAGUGACCUUAUAGAUACUGUAAUAGACAUUUAUCUGUUUCCUGUCAUGUUCAAGACAUUGUACAGGCACCGUUUUCUUAGGAUGUUUGUAAGGGUCAUCUUCUACAACCUGUUUCGUGAUUUAGGAUGUUUGCGUAAGAGACACCAUUUUAUCUGUCAUCUUUGUGAGGCACUGGUAGUGGCUUGGGACUCUGUUAUGUCUAAGGACAGUUUGUAUAGCCACUGGCAAAAUUGCUUCUGUUUAUUUUUAAAUAGCGAGGCAGUGUUCUGAUUGGUGCUUUGCCUUGGCGAGUAGGAAAGCCUGGAAGGUUAACAACAUCAACUCCUGUGUAUAUUUGAAUGCUUGCUCUUAUCUAAGGACAGUUUGUAUAGCCACUGGCAAAAUUGCUUCUGUUUAUUUUUAAAUAGCGAGGCAGUGUUCUGAUUGGUGCUUUGCCUUGGCGAGUAGGAAAGCCUGGAAGGUUAACAACAUCAACUCCUGUGUAUAUUUGAAUGCUUGCUCUUCCUGCAUGUAGAAUUACAGAGCACACAGUUUUGUGGCUUUCUGUAUGUUCUGAGGACAGGAGGAGACAGUGGGUAGGAGUUACAGGGAGAUAAACUCCACAUUCCUCUGUGGGAAGGACAAUGUGCGGUCAUUAGAGCAAUGCAGCAGGCUACCCAGCUUCUUAGAAAGGGGUGAGUUAGCAGCCCUGGGUGACUGUCGUCCCUCCCUGGCCUAAGGGCCUGGGUUAAUUGAAUUGGAGGUCAAGUCAUUCUACAAUUUUUUGAUCAGGGCUUAAACCCUGUGGUGUGGAAGGGUGAAAAGCGAGUGCCCCCCUCUUCAAAGUAGAAGUGCCCGCUCUUUCUCUAGUCAUUUUAUUGUGAUGGGCACUAGCAGCACCUGCUGUCAAAGCUCACGUGAUUCUGUCUCCCAUCCAUCCCCGGGAGGUUUAGUGAUCUUGUUAGUAGAGCCCUGCUCCCUGGACAGCAAGAGUGAUUUAAGAACAGUCUUUAUGACCAAGUGGAAAAAUCAAUUCUUGUCAAUUCCCUAGACAUUUCAUUUUUCCUGUGUCCUUUUCCCCCCUUUGUUGAAUUCCCUCAGUUUCUGAAUCACCAGUUCUGGUGUGGUUAGUUGUAAUUAGUGAGGCCUCCGAUGACUGAAAUCCUACGCGCUUGUGAUCCAUCGGGUCUGGAUCUUAGCAAAUUAUUUUGUCCUUUUUGGCCAUUGAACAUACUGCGUCUGCUGUCCUUCUCAGUCAGCUGUGGCUGCCAGGCUCCUGAAAUGGCCAUGGGCAGUGGCACCUUUCUUCUUGCCUGCAGCAGUUCUCAGAGGCUCCAGGGUUCUUGCCCCCUGGCACUCUGGCAUUUGCUUGCUGUCCGCGGUGACUGCCCAUUCCUCAUCCAUUGCACCACCUCGUCAGCUAUCUCUCAGUAGUUACUCUGUUUAAGUGCCCUUCAACUUUGAUUCUCCCAUGUAUUUGGUGUAUGAACAUUGAUUGGUCUCACCCCUGGGAACUCCUUGUGUGCUCAUCCAUACGUCCCUGUUCUUAAGAAUUCUUGGGUAGUCUUAUUUUAUAAACUGUCUCUGUAUGUUGCAAUUGUUAGGUUGCUUUCAUGAAUAAGAUAAUUUCUGAAAAUUUAAUGAACACUUUGUGAUACGUUUACAUCACCAACAUGCUGACGUUGACCCUCUUAGCUAUUUCAAUAUGCUACUUACAGAUUGUUUGACACAAUUGAUCCACUUAAGGGAUAAUAUGGAAGAUGAUUUAUCUAAAUUUAAAUAUUUUAUGCCUUCCAGUUGCCUAUUGUGAGUAACUUAAGCUGUUUAAGGAUCUCUUUAUUAGAUACAGUGGUAGAUCUAAUGUGUCACUAGAUUGGUCUAAACAUAAGUAAUAUGAAACAACCCAUAUUGGCUAAUCCUUCAUGCCCUUUUAGGAGUGGAGUUGUUUCUUCAUAUUGCUCUCCCACCAUCCAGUUAUUUACAUAUUUUACUGUAUGUAUUAGAUUGCUAGAAGCCUGCCUCCCAGUUAGUAUUUUGGUCUAUUGUACAUUUGCUGUUAGCUUUUAUUAUUUUAGAAUGUUGAACUUGAAAUGUAAAGGGCCCAUCAGACUCUAUCAAGGAAGAUGGCCUUGCUGUUGAACAGUUCCAUCUGAUCUGGACAGACCUUCAUAUCCGUUCCAGUCCAUUUAUAAAACUUGAUCACUUCAGAAGGAAGUGAUAGGAGAGCUAUUCCGUGUACUGAGACGGCUGAGCAGGUUCUCAGCCUGAACCACGCAGAGGAUAUAUAGAUUGAACACUAGAGAAGACUAAGCCCCACCCCCUCCUGUUUGCAGCAUACAGCGAGUGACAUGUGUUCAUCACAGUUAGUCAUACUGCAGCAGGACUGUGCAAAAACUCAAAGCAGAUGCUUCACUGUAUUUAAAUAAUAAAGAAUUCUGUACAUGCCUACAGGUUGAAUUUUAUUUUAUUUUUGCGGUGCUAGAAAUGAAACCCCGAGGGCUGGUGUUUGCUUUGUAAGUGUUCUACAACUGAGCCACAUCCUCGGCCACAGGUUGAAUAUUGAAUAGGAAAAAUCAAGGUACAAUAGUAGCAAACUUAAUGACAAUAAACACAUAGGACACUUUGUCAACCGAGCACUUCCUAGAAGUGUGUAAUUUAAAGGCUGAACACGGGACAUGUGCAUAUUAUGUCAGGUGCAUUUGUUUUAUUGCUCCUUAGCUUUUUCUUCAGGGCUUUGAAUUAAAAGUCUUGGUAGUUUGGGUACCAAAAGAAAAUAAAAAGAAAUUGUUUUCAGUGGAACACAACUGAUAAUGAGGGUCUCUGAAAGAAUAUUGCUUACAUUUACUUUGGAAGGAGUUGUAUUCUUCUGAGUUUGAAGGUGUGGCACUUUCUGCUUGAGGAAUUACACAGGCCUCCAGCUCCAGUCUCACUCUGAACAGGGCAGACUGCCCAGGUUGCAGUUUGGGAGAUAGCAAAUGAGUAUAAAUGAGUUUUCACAAAUUCCCUUUUCUCCUGAAAUGUUCCCCCUACCACCACCACCACCACCACCACCACCACCACCACCACCACCACCACCACCACCAUCACCACCGUAGACUAAAUGCUUUCUGUAUGGCUCUCCUCUUGCCUACUCCUAUCCUAGGGCAUAAACCAUGCAUAUUGGCACACGGCUAAGGAAACACUGGACCACUGAGCACCCAGCCCAAGUAGUUUCCAGGAAAAAGGAGGUUGUGGUAAACAUCUUAAAUCUCAGGCUUUUGGUUGUGUUUAAUGAUGUAAGAAAACAGCACUGUUUGGGUCCAAGAUUUACAGAAAGGCACACGUGUGCCACAGAUGUGUGCUGUGCAGUAAGGCACAUAACGGUUAACCGUGUGCCUCACCCAGCCACUGUGUCAUGGGAAUUCUAGAGCCGAGUAUUUUUCAUCACUUUUCCUUUUGCUGACUGUUGGUAUUUGAACACCUGAACGGAUGUUAGUUGUCUCUUUAUCGAUUGCUAUUUUAAAAUAUUUAUUGCAGAUGUGCAUAGAAUUUUGAUGCAAAUUAUAUACAAAGGCAUAUACGUAUAUAUUUAAUAACUGAAACGUAUUAUUUUAUUGUACAACUUAUUUCCAAAGCAAAUUUACUUUGUAAAUGUCUUUUGAGACUUUUUUUUUUGCCUCAGAAAUACAAAAAGUAACUCUGUGUUCUCUCUGGUUUGUAUGAGGUACAUUUGAUUUUCACUUACUUUUGAUUAAGCAAAAUUAAGGCAUGUAUGAACCAACUUGGAGCUUUCUGUUGAACCAUCCAAGUGCCUGUCCGUACUUGGGACUGAGUGCCGUGCGGUCAGACAUGGAUGUGUCUUGUCUCUGUCUCCUUUCCUCAUUGUGCUUAAGCAUGGUUUUAUGGGGUGAUUCUCAACAGUCAGUUUUACAGAGGAAAACCAUCUUAGAAAUGGAAGCCAUCCAGACUCUGUAAAAUGAGUGUGUUACUAAUACCCAUCUGCUAACCAGUGGACUAGCUUCAGGUCCUGGAGAGGGAAAGAGACCAUUAGGAAGCUUUCCAUCAGUCAAGGAGGAGGAAGAGGACUGUGAACUAGCAUCUUCUCAUGUAAAAGCUGUGUUUCCAUGGCUUCUGUGUGUUGAUUUUGUGUUAAUGUUAUCAUCCGUGAUGUGUAAGUCAAUGUAGAUAAAGAUUUAAAUUUUCAACAUGAAGACAAGAGUUCCUGUUUCUAUUUUUACAAUUUAGACAGUUUUGAAAACAGAUAUCACAUUAGAAAUUGUAUUUUUAAGUGCAAAUAAAUAAAUCUGAAAGUCAGUGUUUCCCUCUUCUUCCCUUGUACCUUAGAGAAGGCUCCUUGUUAGUAGGGACAUAUUUCAGUUGCCAGAUUGUUUUCAGAAUCCUCUAUUUUCAUAUUGCUGUAAUCGGUUUACCUACGAUGUGCAAUGAUUUGUUAUUUAAAUAAAUGACUCUCGAUAAAGUUA